AAAGCUUUCGUCUGAAAUCAAAUCACUCCCCACCAGAAAAAAAAGAAAGAUCGUCGGCCAUCGUGAAAGGAAAUGGGGGUGCCGCAGGCAAUGGAUGCAUUGCGGGGGAAAGCAGCGCUGGUAAGAGAGUCGUUGCAGAAGAGCCAAACCAUAACCGAAAGCAUGGUCUCCAUUCUCGGUUCUUUCGAUCACCGUCUCUCCUCUCUUGAGACCGCCAUGCGCCCAACUCAGAUACGAACGCAUUCGAUCAGGAGAGCGCAUGACAAUAUUGAUAAGACAUUGAAAGCAGCUGAAGCUAUUUUGACGCGAUUUGAUCUCACGCGCAAGGCAGAGGCAAAGAUUCUGAGAGGCCCACACGAGGAUCUUCAGAGCUAUCUUGAAGCAAUUGAUCAGCUGAGAAGCAACAUUCAGUAUUUCACUAACCACAAAAGUUUUAAAAGUACAGCCGGUGUACUUACCCAUGCCAAUAAUUUGCUGACAAAAGCUAUCUCUAAAUUAGAAGAUGAGUUUAGAAAUCUAUUAACAAACUACAGCAAGGCGGUGGAACCUGAAUGCCUUUUCGAUGGCCUGCCAGAUUCGUUGCGACCGUCAGCAUCACUUGCAAAGCGAGGUGAUAACAAGAAAGAUUCUGACAACCAAAAGAACUUAGAAAAUGCUGUUUACACACCUCCUACUCUUAUACCUCCCAGGGUUCUACCUUUGCUGCGUAAUUUAUCCCAACAAAUGGUUCAAGCCGGCCACCAGCAACAGUUGUUCAGGAUUUACAGGGAUACUCGUGCUUCAGUCUUGGAACAGAGCCUGAGGAAAUUGGGUGUAGAGAGACUUAGUAAAGAUGAUGUCCAGAAAAUGCAGUGGGAGGUUUUAGAGGCUAAGAUUGGGAAUUGGAUACAUUACAUGCGUAUUGCUGUCAAACUGCUCUUUGCUGGGGAAAAAAAACUCUGUGAUCAAAUACUUGAGGGCAUUGAUUCUUUUCGGGAUCAAUGUUUUGCUGAAAUCACUGCAAACAGUGUAUCUGUACUCCUUAGUUUUGGAGAGGCUAUUGCCAAAAGCAAGAGAUCACCUGAAAAGUUAUUUGUUCUUCUGGAUAUGUAUGAGAUAAUGAGAGAACUACAGUCAGAGAUUGAUAAUCUCUUUGGAAGUAAAUGUUGCGCUGAAAUGCGGGAAUCUGCUCAAACUUUGACAAAGCGGCUAGCUCAGACAGCACAAGAGACCUUUGGCGAUUUUGAGGAAGCAGUAGCGAAAGAUGCAACAAAAACUGCAGUUCUUGAUGGAACUGUCCAUCCUUUGACUAGCUAUGUGAUAAAUUACGUGAAGUUUCUAUUCGAUUACAAAACAACACUGGAGCAACUUUUUCAGGAGUUUGAGGGGGGUGAUCCUGAAGGUCAGUUGAAGAUUUUAACUAAAAGGAUUAUGGAAGCCCUACAGAAUAACCUUGAUGGGAAAUCCAAGCAGUACAAGGACCCUGCAUUGACACAACUAUUUCUUAUGAACAACAUGCACUACAUAGUGAGAUCUGUGCGAAGGUCAGAAGCCAAGGAUUUGUUGGGAGAUGAUUGGGUUCAAAUUCACCGACGGAUAGUUCAGCAGCAUGCAAAUCAGUAUAAAAGGAUUUCUUGGGCAAAGGUCAUUCAAUGUGUCACCAUUCAAGGGGUUGCUCCUCCAGGUGGUGCUGGAAUACUGGGAGGCGACUCUGGCAGUGGAAUUUCAAAAGCAAUGGUGAAAGACAGGUUUAAGAAUUUCAACGUCCAGUUUGAGGAUCUUCAUAUGAGGCAGUGUCAAUGGAAUGUUCCAGACAGUGAAUUGCGCGAAUCGUUGAGGCUAGCUGUUGCCGAAGUACUCUUGCCGGCCUAUAGAUCUUUCCACAAACGUUUCGGGCCCAUGGUUGACAACACGAAGGGCCCUAAUAAGUACAUUAAAUACAAGCCCGAGGACCUUGAACGAAUGCUUGGUGAGUUCUUUGAAGGUAAGACAUGCGCCGAACAAAAGCGAUAAAAAAAUGUUGGUGAGAAUCUGUUGAGAAGUUUAGAUACUGAUGAAAUGCAGCAGCUUUCAACUAAUCAUUGUACAAUGAUGAGGUAAAAAUAACAGGGUAAUGA